GUCAAACCCCUUGAUCUCUGGUCGCCACAACAACUCUCAUCAGAGAGCACGGGGCGGCUCUGAGCCUUUAUCAACGGUUCUCUGCACCACCCUCGUCUCAGCGGCGAGGCAUGGAGCUUGUGUACCCUGUGCAGACGAGGUUUGCCACCCACUACUUGAUGCUGGAGAGGCUGYUGGAUCGUCGCAGAGCGUUGGAGGCGUUGAUGAUGAGCGACGAUUGGCUGCGGACUGCAUGGAGGAGGUCCAUUUUUCUGCAGGCCAGAUGGGUGCGUCAUCAGGUGCGGUACGCGCCAUUCUGGGAGCACGUGGAGGACAUCGUGGCGCUCAUGACACCUGUGAUGCAGUUGCUACGGCGUCUGGACAGGGGGGGGCGCGUGAUGACUCGCAUGUGGUCGUGGGGUUUUGUCAUGGUCGACAGGGUGGCGAGAGCAAGCCUUAACAGGACGUCGAAGGACGAGCUCCACAUCGUUGUUCAGGCUUGUCAGGCGCGGGUCGCUCAUAUGUUGGAUCCCGCACAUUACAUGGCCCACCUCCUCAAUCCGCGACAGAGGAGCAUUACUUUUUUGGGAGCGGCGAGGCAUACCGACCACGAGCGGAUACUGGCAAACGAGUCGUUGCGAUACCUUCGCCAACAAGCUGAUGGUGACGAGGAUUUGUAUCAGACGUUGCGCACACAGCUGGCGGAGUUUCAUUCUCGGGAGGGCGAUUGGACGUAUGGAGGGGCCGAGGGAGAUAGGGAUGCGGGCGCCUGCAAAGGGGAGAAGGAGACGUCACAGGUGGGGCAGUGGUGGGUUCAGCACGGGGACGGGGUCCCUCUCCUUCAGAGCAUCGCCAUUUGCUUGUCGCACACAUGGACGUGCGCCUCUCCGGCAAAGAGGAAUUGGGCCGUCCAUGAGCGUGUUCAGGUGAAGAGGCGUAAUCAGCUUGGUUUAAUCAAGCUGACUCGUUUGGUGGAGAUAUCCACCAACUUGAGAUUGAGUCGUUGUCAGGGGAGGGGUUCUGGGUACGUUCUUCCAUGGGAGGACGUCGAGGAGGAGACAGAGGACGCUAUUCCUCCGCCUCGUGAUGAGGGUGUUCGGCCGGCUGACCGAGUCACCGAGGCACAGCGCGACCGGCAGGUUCAGCGCGGGCGGAAGGAUCGCCUUUCAAAGGCACCUCCCAGCGUCGCGACGUAUUGCGGUCGUCGCGCCACGGUGCUCAUGGCGCAUGAGUUGGAGUCGGUGUACGAUCCCGAGCCUGAGCCUAUGGCUCAGGACGCGAUGGAGGCCGAGCCGUGGUCCGAUCCGGACGACCUGGCCAUGGAGUCAGAGCCAGGAGGAAAAGUAAGGCGAGAGUCUGCAUCGUCCACUCGCACUGUGCAUUGGGUUGAUGAGGAGAGGCCCGCUGAGGCAGCUGUGGUUGCUCCCUCCCCUAUGGAGGUUUCUCCCUCCCCUGCAGAGUUCGCAGCGGCGUCUGCGGAGGGUCCAGGYGGGUUUGCGGGUGGUAGUGGCGAUGCUGGAGAGGUUGGGAGGCCAUCUGCACAGGUGGGUGUCAGUUUCAGCGACAACAUUUUUGAUGUUUCGUUAGGGCAUCCUUCGACACCGUCAGGGGAGCGUGUCGGUGUCGAUGUGGACGCAGCGGCCACGCCCGUCAGUCAGAUACUUCGUGACAUACCUUCAUGCAGCACGGGCGACAUCAGUAGUAGCAUGUUGCAGGAGGCAGCAGAGGGGGCACCGGGUCGGUCGGGGCAGCACGAGCGUGCARCUGGGGAUGAUGGGGAGUGUCGACCUGUGCAGGAGCGGGCGACAGAGUCAGAGCAGGACAGGAUCGACCGCGAGGAGAGGAGGAGGGCGCAGGGGUUGGCUAGCCACUGCGAGAUGACGCAGAGUGUUGCAUUGAGGGCACGUGUAGCGCGGAUGCUCGAGACGGGCGUUGAGGCAGGUGAUGCAGAGGGCGAGUGAGGCGCUGCGGGCAUAGGGGAUGCGGGCGAGAGACCUGCGUCACCAGUUC